AUGUCUUCCAUGUGUAGCCCUGCGGCGUGCUUCAUGCUUCCAAGGCUGCAGAACACACGCACACCUUCAGUGUUGGUGUCAUUUGAAGAUGUGGCUGUGGACUUUACCCAGGAGGAAUGGCAGCACAUGGACAACACUCAGCGGACCCUGUACAGGGAUGUGAUGCUUGAGACUUAUAACAAUCUGCUGUCCUUGGGGUACAGCUUGACAAAGCCUCAUGUGAUCUUGAACCUGGAACGAGAUUUAGCACCAUGGACAGUGGACAAAUCUACACACCAGAGACUUCCAGAUUCCUACAGACAGAAUGAACUGCUUGGAGCAAAUCAGGAAAGUGAAGAAAUAAUCUUCAGGAUCCCUGGUGAAAUGCCUCUUGAGAUGAAGCAUGCCUCUGAUUUCCCUGAGACCAAACUCCAGAGUGGGGAAAAUCUCAGUCAGCACGAUAAGAUGCACACUUGUCAGCAGUCUUUUGAACACAGUGGGAAAGAAGAAACUUUCAGCAGGAGGAAGAUAUUCCUUGUGAGUGAGAAAGUCUAUACCAGCGACGCAUGUAAUAAGCAACCUGUCAGUGUGGGAGAGUCUGUGCAGCUUAAAGAGAAAAUGUUAAAUAACAAUUCUGACUUUGACAAUCAUCCACAAACACACUCAGGAGAGAAAUCCCAAGUCAAUCAGAUAACCCAAACAGCUAGAAGUCACUGUAUAUGUGGUUACUGUAAAAAGGCUUUUCACUAUAAAUCUUGCAUUACCAGCAAACAUAGAAGUGACAGAGGAGCAGAUUUCUAUGUGUGCAACGAAUGUAAAGAAAACAUUGACCAGAAGUCGGAACUCAUAGGAGAUCAGAUCCUUGACACUGCAGAGAAGCCAUAUGAUUGUGAUGAGCAUAGAAACGUCUUUCACCAGGAAUUCUCUCUCAUUAGGGAUCAGAGAAUUCACACAGAGGGGAAACCGUAUGAAUGUAAUGAGUGCGGAGAAGCAUUUAAAAUAAAGUCAUAUCUAAUUGCACAUCUGAGAGUCCACACAGGGGUAAAGCCUUAUGAAUGUAAUGAGUGUGGACAAGCUUUUAAGCAUAAGUCAUCCCUAAUCACACAUCAGAUAAACCACACCGGCAUAAAACCUUAUGAAUGUAGUGAGUGUGGAAAAGCAUUUACACUGAAGUCAUAUCUAACUUCACAUCAGAGAAUACACACCAGGGAAAAACCUUAUGAAUGUAGUGAGUGUGGAAAAGCUUUUUCUCGGAGGUCACACCUCACUAUACAUCAGAGAACCCACACAGAGGCAAAACCUUAUGAAUGUAGUGAGUGUGGGCAAGCUUUUAAGCAUAAGUCAUCCCUAAUCAAACAUCAGAUAAACCACACCGGCAUAAAAUCUUAUGAAUGCAGUGAGUGUGGAAAAGCAUUUACAGUGAAGUCAUAUUUAACUUCACACCAGAGAGUCCACACAGGGGAAAAACCUUAUGAAUGUAGUGAGUGUGGAAAAGCUUUUGCUCAGAGGUCACACCUCGUUAGACAUCAGAGAAUCCACACAGGAAUGAAGCCUUAUGAAUGUAGUGAGUGUGGACAGGCCUUUAGGCAUAAGUCAUCCCUAUUUACCCAUCAGGUAAACCACACUGGGGAAAAACCUUAUGAAUGCAAUGAGUGUGGAAAAGCUUUUUCUCAGAAUUCAUACCUCAUUAAACAUCAGGGAAUCCAUACAAUAGAAACCCCUUAUGAAUGUAUUGAGUGUGGAAAAGCAUUUAAGCAGAAAUCAUACCUAGUUAUACAUCAGAGAAUCCACAACGGGAAAAGACCUUAUGAAUGUAGCCAGUGUGGAAAAGCAUUUAAGCUGAAGUCAUCCCUAAUCGGACAUCAGAGAAUCCACACAGGGGUAAAACCGUAUGAAUGUAGCCAAUGUGGAAAAGCAUUUCAUUACAAGUCAGACCUAAUCAUACAUCAGAGAAUCCACACUGGGGAAAAACCUUAUGAAUGCAGUGAGUGUGGAAAAGCUUUUGCUCAGAGGUCACAACUCAUUAAACAUCAAAGAAUCCGCACCAGGGAAAAACCUUAUGAAUGUAAUGAGUGUGGAAAAAGUUUUUCUCAGAAGUCAGACCUCAUUACACAUCAGAGAACCCACACAGGAUAA